GUUUCGGUCAAUCGAAAGUACUAUGAAGUUUACGAUAGCAGUUUUGUUGCUACUAGCCAGUGGGGCUUCAGCUAUCCCUGUGGAACAUCGGCCCAGUGUGGUUGUAGAUGCUAAUGGAGACUGGCAUUUGGUUAACUCGAAUCCAUUCACGGAAGUUGACGUUGAGUUGGAACCUCUGUUCAAUGCCGAAACCGAUAUUGUCUUCAGGCUGUUUACUCGAUCGAACCCAAAUGAAGCGCAAACGUUGGUUUUGGAUGAUUCGGCAUCAGUUCAAAACUCUAACUUCAACGGGAAUCAUCCAACACGACUGACUAUUCAUGGCUGGAAUGGAGAUGGAACUUCCGGACUGCACGGAAAUAUUCGCAGUAACUACUUCGCAGUCGGUGACUUUAACGUUAUCAAUGUCGACUGGGGUGCAGGAGCGAAUACCAUUAACUAUAUAACAGCCCGAAAUCGCGUCGAUGCCGUCGGAGAGAUCGUGUCCCGUAUGAUUGACACGUUAGUUUCCGCUAGUGGCACUUCCCGAAACAGUAUCAGUAUCAUUGGUCACAGUUUGGGAGCGCACGCUGCUGGCAACGCUGGUAAAUACCAAAGUGGUAAUAUACACAGCAUUAUUGGCUUGGAUCCAGCCGGUGUAUUAUUUUCGCUGGGACAUUCGGAUAUUCUGACCGAAAAUGAUGCCCAGUAUGUGGAGGCAGUCUUCUCGGCAGCUGGAUCACUGGGUUUUGAUUUACCGUUGGGAAAUGCAAACUUCUAUCCGAACGGAGGUCGUUCGCAACCGGGAUGCGGAAUUGAUCUUACUGGUAGUUGUGCACAUUCGCGAUCCCAUGAGUACUUCGCCGAAUCGAUCUCGACCACAACCGGCUUCAGGGCAACGCGGUGCACAUCGCAUGAUGAAUUGCUAGGGGGUGGAUGCACUUCCAGUGGUCCGGAUGCACUAAUGGGUGGCGAACCAUCGAACCAUGGUCGAGGCGUUGAUGGAAUCUUCCGAUUUAGUACCAACUCGGCGUCUCCAUUUGCCCAAGGUUGAUUUGUUGAUCAGCGGUCACUGAAUAUACUAAGUAUGUUCUGAAUAUAAUAUGUAUGCGUCUGAAUAGAAAUUUACAGCAAA